AUAUUUAUUAUCAUUAGAGCCAACUACCAGUUAUCGAAGUUUCUCGUAGUUGCCGCAUAACAGCAUUUGUGAAUUAUCAUUCUUUUGCUGUAUUUUACUCAAAUAUCUCCGGAUUUUUAUACUCUUGUGAGAUUUUUCAGUGCAGAAAGCGAACCGGUUCUUGUUAUUUGUAAGACAAUAAGGUCGCUAGAAUCGUUACCACGGCUCAAAGUUCUUCGGAAAGGAUUCAGUUUUAGUUGAUUUGGUAUUUUACUCAAUUUUGACACAAUUCAAGAGAAUCAACAGUGUAUCAUAUUCAACUGGAAUCAUAGAAGAAUACACACAUCGAAACAUAACGACUACUAUCAAGGGUCUAUUUAUCAUAAUCUUCGUCUAUUUUAAAUAGUAUACAACUUUUGUAUACUUUCCUAAUCUAAGAACCUAUAAUUAAUAUGUCUUUUGUUGGAGGUGGUGCCGACUGUUCUGUCAACGGCAAUGCAAUUGCUCAGUUCAACAAACAUACACAACAGGACAGAUCUCUCCAAAGACAAGCGGCAAACCAGCCAGCAAUCUUGCAGAGUCAGGGCUUCAAACAAGAGAAUCUUAUGAAUGCUCGUGAUCGCCAGAAUUUGGACAACUUCAUGAAUGCCAACAAUGGCCAGAACAGCUUCCAGUUCCAACCAAUGAGACACGAGUUGAACAUGAUUCACAACCACCAACAGCCUCAACACCAGCAUAACUGGCUGGCCGAGUUCAAAACUCAUUCUCCUUCGCCAAUUCCGCAGGUAGCCGCUCCUAUUGCUCCUAUUGCCAAGACUGGUUCUCCAUUAAACGCCCAAUGGGCGAACGAGUUUCAACCCAUGGAUCAAGCAGUGGCUCGUCAGAAUCCACAGCAAAUGAACGCCAUGCCCUCUAUGAUGAUGGGAGCCUAUAGGCCUAUGAUGAGCAUGCCUAUGAUGACAAACAAUGUUGCACAGCAGCAACAGCAAACACCUCAGAACCAGGAAGUACAGGUUGACUGGGAUGACCAUUUCAAGCAGAUGGAAGAACUCGAUAGUAAGGUGGAAGAAAAGAUUGAAGAAGCUACAGCUGAUCCCGAAGAGAUCGCUCGAGAAGCCUCGCCAGAUUUCGUCAUUGACGACAAAUACCAGGCUACUUUCCAAGAAGUAUGGGAUGGGUUAAACAGCGAAGCAAUAGAAGCGGAUUUCAUCAGCCAGCAGUAUGAAGACUUCAAGAACACACAGAAAGAGACUUUCCCACCAGAUAUGAGUCAAUGGGAAAAAGACUUUUCUCGUUACGUUUCCACCAGAGCUCAUUUUGGAGACUAUCAAUUUGAAGAUAGGCAGAAUAACCAAUUCUUGGAUUUGCCAGCUGAGAAUGACCCUUAUGAAAUUGGCUUACAGCUUAUGGAAAAUGGUGCCAAGUUGUCAGAGGCUGCGUUGGCAUUUGAAGCUGCUAUUCAGAGAGACGAGGGGCACAUCAAUGCCUGGCUCAAAUUGGGAGAGGUGCAAACCCAAAAUGAAAAGGAGAUUGCAGGUAUUUCAGCAUUGGAAAAGUGUUUGGAAUUGAAUCCUGAAAACUCCGAGGCUUUGAUGACGUUGGCUAUAUCCUACAUUAACGAAGGCUACGACAAUGCUGCAUUUGCCACCUUGGAAAGAUGGAUUUCUACUAAAUACCCUCAAAUUGUAGACAAAGCUCGUGCGCAAAACCCAGAAAUUACCGACGAAGACAGAUUUUCGUUGAACAAACGUGUCACUGAACUUUUCCUCAAGGCUGCUCAGUUAUCGCCUAGUGCAGCUAACAUGGACGCAGAUGUUCAGAUGGGUUUAGGUGUCUUGUUCUACGCAAACGAAGAGUUUGACAAGACUAUCGACUGUUUCAAAGCAGCAUUAAGUAUCAGACCUGACGAUCCUGUGUUGUGGAAUAGAUUGGGUGCCUCGCUUGCUAAUUCGAACCGUUCUGAAGAAGCCGUAGAUGCAUACUUCAAAGCUUUGCAGUUGAAGCCUACCUUUGUCAGAGCCAGAUACAAUUUGGGGGUGUCUUGUAUCAACAUCAGAUGCUACAAAGAGGCAGCUGAGCAUCUCUUGAGUGGUUUGUCCAUGCACCAAGUGGAAGGCGUAGAGAAUGACAGCACACUCAACCACAACCAAUCUACAGCUUUGACAGAGACCUUGAAGAGAGCAUUCAUUGCUAUGGAUAGAAGAGACUUGUUAGAGUUGGUCAAGCCUGGAAUGGACUUGACUCCGUUCAGAAAGGAGUUCAACUUCUGAGGAUACGAUACAUAGUAAUGCUUAUAUGGGUAUGUAGGUUAAAUAUUUAUACUUACAAAAU